GUGGUCCGGCCCGCUUCGCCUGAGACUUCCUUGCACCCAGGCGUGCCCGGCUUGUCGUGAUCUCUGGAGUGGGAUGCCUUUUUUUCUGUCCCUAUCCAUUCUGCCUCAAGACUUUUGUGCUCGUACGCAGUUGUUGUUAUUCAGCAUCUUCUAACACCCUUCAUCGUGGUGCCAUGAAACAGUCGGGUAUCUCGGCGCUGUUUCUCUAGGCUGCGCAGCAGCCUUGCACUUCGACAGGGCCGAGCCUCGCGCAACGACCGCCACUGACGUAGCUGCCACCCUGGAGAAGCAGGCGGCGCAGUCGACCCUGACAGUGGAAUACCUGAUUGUCGGCGGAGGCGGUGGCGGCGCUUCCGGAGGCGGCGGCGGCGGCGGUGUGCUCCAGGGGACGGGCUUAGUCAUAUCCGUCGACGAAGUCAUCACGGUUGGGGCAGGCGGUCUCGGAGGUUCGGGGGGCAGCGGAACUUUUGCGGAGGCAGCGAGCGGAGGAAACUCUUCGAUCGGCUCUCUGGUGGCAUACGGUGGCGGCAAGGGUGCGGGGGGCAGUUCCAGGACGGCCUCCAGCGGGGGUUCAGGCGGUGGAGGCUCCUUCGAUCUGCCGAGUGUUGCGUACGCGGCUGGGGUUGCGGGACAGGGCAAUCGUGGCGGGCGCAGCGACAGGUCGGCGUUCGGCGCAGGCGGCGGCGGCGGCGGCGCGGGCGGUGUUGGAAGCGACGCACCCCAACAGCACUACGGAGGAGAUGGUGGCAUUGGAGUGGCGUCGUCAAUUUCAGGCACUUCCAUGUAUUACGGCGGAGGCGGUGGCGGUGGCGUCAACGCAAAUUGCUUUUGCACCACUUAUCCAGGAGGGGCCGGCGGCCUAGGGGGCGGCGGCGAUGGAAGCAGUUACGGCGGUGUUGGCGGCGAUGACUUCAAUGGCGAAGACGGACAGGUAAACACUGGCGGUGGUGGCGGCGGUACGGAUCCUGAAUCUUCUUUGGCCGGCAAUGGAGGGUCCGGCAUAGUAAUCAUCAGGUACCUGAGUUCCACCCCGUUGCUCCAAGGUGGCACAGUCACCACGAGCAAUGGCUACCACAUUCAUACUUUCACAGCAACUGGGUCGCAGACCGUGACAGUCGAGGCGGCUCCGACGCCCUACCCGACGGCCGUCCCGACGCCCUACCCGACGGCUUACCCGACGGCCUUCCCGACGUCGGGCGGAGGCGGCGGUGUGUCUGCCACUGGCGACCCCCACCUGCGGACCCUCCACGGUGAGCGGUUCGACUUGAUGAGGCCAGGCAAGCAUGUUCUGAUUAACGUCCCUAGAGGAGUGCGCGCUGAAGAGGCAUUGCUUCGCGUGCAGGCUGAGGCGCGCCGAAAGGGUAGCUCCUGUGCGGACAUGUAUCGAAGACGCCUACGGCGAAUCACCGCUGCCCCUCGCCUUCUG